AUGAGAAGGAGCAAACGAAUUACGGAGCACAAGAUGGCGGAGCAAGCGCUCCAUGGCGGGAUUGGGCGCCAAAUCGAGGAGCGAGCCCGCCUAUGCGCGCCCACGCCGCCGCCCCCCAAAGAAUCACUUCCUGGUUCUUCGGUCGAGGCAACUUCGGCUUCACGAAGGCUGCUUUUUCCGGAUGUGAUGCCGGAUGUGAUGUCUCUGCUCGUGCUCCUUCGCUGUGCCCGCCAAGCGAAAGUUCCCCAUAUCUCCAAUUUGAAGUCUGUCAGAGGAAUUGUGACCCAUCUCUGUACCGACUAUGGCUGGAUUAAUGAAUCUAUCUUCUUCAAUCCGGACAUGGUGUGUGGCAAUGUCCCGGUGAAUGUUGGAAUGAGUGUCAUUGCUCUCGUGGAAGAAGAUGAAACAACUCAUGCACUCAAAACAAUCAAAGUGAAAGCUGUGUCUGAUCCCAUUUAUGGUAUUGAACCAUCCGAAUUUGACAAGAGACUUUGCAUUAAAUGUGUGACUUAUACAACACGAGACAACAUCUAUAUCAGUGAGGAAACUUUCUUUCCCAUGCAACUUCUUUCUGGAGGGUUCUUGCCUUUUAAAGGAGACUUGUUGCUGGUUGAAUAUUCCUUGAAGCAAGGUACUCUAAACAUCACUAUCAACACUGUGAGGUUCCUAAAUUGCCAGAAUAUGGAUGAGGUCUGUAUUACCAGUACUGAUGGAAAAACUGGUGUGGUGGAAUCCUGCAUCUUUUUUACUGUGGAUUCUCUCCAGAAGCCUUCUGAUUAUACUCCGGGGUUGUAUGACAUCGUGAAUGUGGUCGCUGUGGACAGCAUUCAACCACACUGUUCUUGGAGAGCAGUAUCAAUGAUCCCAGUGGAAAUGUGUAUUGACCAAGCCUUGUAA